UAAGGAGGGACAGGAGGAGCCUGGAAGUCUCUUUUCACAGCCAGUAGCAGCUCAACGUGGGCUGUUGCUUAAAAUCUCUCACCCCCACCCCUUCGCUCUUUUGAUUUUUUUUUUCUCCUUCCAAAAAAUCAACCUUGCUGCUGCUGCUGCUGCUUUUGCUGCCACUGCAUGAAAGGAACCUGACGUACCAAUAAUUUUGAUUUCUUCUUGGGAGGUUAAUAAACCAGGGAGGGGGGAAAGAUCUAUCCACAAAACAAAAGCAGGAAAUCUCAUCUGGAGGCUGUGAAGGGGAUCUACAAGGGAUCGCCGGACGCUGUAACCUCUUUCUUAACACACAAGAAUCCUUAUUGCUCUGUUAGGUGUAUGGGACUUAAAUUCUUGAAGCACUGAAUUUGUUGAAGGACCCUGCUAACCUCUAGUCUGAAGCAGCUAGCCCUGGAGACUUAAUGGAGAUUCAGACCUGCUGACUUCUAGUUCCAGGAAAACAAUGACCACUUUUCUACUAGCCUUUGUGUGUUUGCGAAUCAUCACUGCAGCUGUCGCUGUGGAAGUCUUAGAUCAUGGUGCCACACUGAGUGUGAGCAUACCUUUACGCUCCCCCCUGCGCAUUCCCCUGGGAAACACCCUGACCAUCCCCUGUUACUACAUCGACACAUUGGAACACGUCACCACGUCUCCGUUCACCCCGCCUCUGACUCCACGGAUCAAAUGGAGCAAGCUGUCAGGCGGCAAAGAGGUUGUCUUGCUGGUGGCCAUGGAUGGGCACGUGAGAAUCAACACUGCAUACCAGGAGGUGGUCUCUUUGCCCAAUUACCCAGCCAUACCCACUGAUGCCACGCUGGAAAUCAAGGCACUUCGCUCCAACGAUACCGGGAUCUAUCGCUGCGAGGUGAUACAUGGCAUUGAGGAUAGCCAGGACACCGUAGAGGUGAAGGUAAAAGGCAUCGUGUUCCAUUACAGAGCCAUCUCCACCCGGUACACUUUGGACUUUGAGAAGGCCAAGCAGGCCUGCAUCCAGAACAGUGCUGUCAUUGCAACUCCAGAACAGCUCCAGGCUGCCUACGACGAUGGCUUUGACCAGUGUGAUGCUGGAUGGUUGGCUGAUCAGACGGUCAGGUACCCAAUGCACCAUCCCCGGGAAGGUUGUUAUGGUGACAAGGAUGAGUUUCCUGGAGUGAGAACAUACGGUGUUCGUGAGACGGAUGAGACGUACGAUGUGUAUUGUUAUGCAGAAGAAAUGGAAGGGAAAGUCUUCUACGCCACCUCCCCGGAGAAAUUCAGCUUCCCAGAAGCUGCAGAGAAAUGCCACCGCCUCGGCGCUCGUUUGGCAACGACGGGAGAACUGUACUUGGCCUGGAAGGAUGGAAUGGAUGUCUGCAGCGCUGGCUGGCUGGCAGACCGCAGCGUCCGGUAUCUCAACAAGGCACGGCCCACCUGUGGUGGCGGCCUGGUUGGGGUGCGCACCGUGUACCUCCACGUCAACCAGACAGGGUAUCCUCACCCCCAUUCCCGCUAUGAUGCCAUCUGCUACGCUGGUCGCGACUUGGACACAAUCAUCCAUGAGAACUUCACCGGUGAGAUAAUUGAUGAACUGGGCAGUGGCUUCACCAUCCAGACAGUCACUGAGACAGAUGUUGAGCUGGAAUUCGCACGCAACGCCACUGAGGAGGAGGCCCGAGGCAGCAUUGCCACCUUGGAGCCAAUAGACUUUACCGCCUCGGAGGUGGACGAAGGCUUCACAGCAACACCAGAUCUCUUUGUUACUAGCUUCGUUGAAGAGGCAGAGAACAGGACAGAUGUGGGGAUCUGGGAGGGUCUAGAAAACGCCACCUUCUCGCUCCUAGAUGCUCUUCCCACCACUGAUACCCUGGAGGUGAGCUCGGUGGAAGACAGCUUGUGGGCUACCGUCACGCCAGGAGUAGACUCCACCUUGUCAUUUACCGGGGAAGAUCAAAUUGUGCCGGGAACAGCUGCUCCUGAUAUUGGCCUCAUUCCUGGGCAACCCAUUUCUCCCACAGGUGUCAUCUUUCAUUACCGGCCAUCCACCAACAGGUAUUCCCUGACUUUUGUCAAAGCUCAGCAAGCUUGCCUGGAUAAUAAUGCUGUGAUUGCCACUCCUGAACAGCUGCAGGCAGCCUAUGAGAAUGGUUACGACCAGUGUGAUGCUGGCUGGCUGAGAGACCAGACGGUCAGGUACCCUAUUGUGGUUCCGCGAAGCAAAUGUGAAGGAGACAAAGACGACAUCCCAGGGGUACGGACAUAUGGCAUGCGCCCAUCAUCCGAGAUGUUUGAUGUCUACUGCUAUAUUGACAAACUGAAUGGUGAGGUCUUCUUCGCAACACAACCAGACCAGUUCACCUUACAGGAAGCUCAAGAAUACUGUCAGAGCCAGAAUGCUACGCUGGCUUCAACUGGUCAACUCUAUGCAGCCUGGAAGCUGGGUCUGGAUAACUGCCGGGCUGGCUGGCUGGCUGAUGGCAGCCUUCGAUAUCCCAUUGUUCACCCACGUCCUGCGUGUGGCGGGGAGAAGCCUGGUGUGAGGACCACCUACCUGUACCCCAAUCAGACGGGAUUCCCUGAUCCUCAGUCAAGGCACCACGCUUUUUGUUUCAGAGCUCAACCAUCUCAGUAUGAGGGCAUAGAAGAAGAGCUCAUUGCAGCCCAGCUAGUUCCUGGGGUCGAGGAAGUCCCUUCUGGGGAGGAAACAACUGUGGAAAUGGAGUUUGCCACUGAUUCUGAAAAUCAGACCGAGUGGGGAACAGAAGUAUUUCCAACAAACAUAUCAUUGUUGUCUGUGAUUCCAUCAGCUGUUGCUCCUAUUGAUGCCAUACCUAGUGAGACAAGUGUAGAAGCUCCAAUCACACAAACAUCUGCUUCUGGGUGGACAUCUGGAGCUCCAGAUACAAGUGGAAUGUAUGAACCUAGUGGAGAACCAUCUGGAUUUGGAGAAAGCGGGUUUCCUUCUGGAGCCACAGAUUUCAGCGGACUCCCUUCUGGUGAGAGUGGCCUGCCAUCAGGAGACAUAAGUGGCCUGUCUUCUGGUGUUAUUGAAGUCAGCAUUUUACCUUCUGGAGAUGAAGAACUGACAUCAGGGAUUGGCUCAGGAAUCCAAGAGCGAGUACCUGGACUUCAAGAAGGCAAAGGUGUUCCAGAAAUCAGUGGGUUGCCUUCUGGAUUCAGUGGAGAUGGUUCUGGUGUGGACUUUUUCAGUGGCUUACCAUCUGGAGAGUAUGAUUACAGUGGUCUCCCAUCUGGAUUUCCUACUGUGUCCCUUGUCAAUGCCACAUUGGUGGAAGUUGUCACCACAGCAAAGGACAAGGAAGUUGAAGGGAAAGGAACAAUUGAUGUCAGUGGAGAUGGAGACUUAUCAGGGUUGCCCUCUCCUGGAUGGGACAUGAGUGGCAUAACCAGUGGGUUACCCUCAGGAUUUGAUGUCAGUGGAAUACCUGACAUCAGUGGGUUUUCCUCAGGACUUGAUAUCAGUGGGGAGCUGCCUAGGAUACCUGAUUUCAGUGGAUUACCAUCCGGACUUGACGCUAGUGGACAACCAUCUGGCCUACCAGAUAUUAGUGGGUUGUCCUCAGGAAUUGACUUCAGUGGGGAACAUUUUGGGAUACCUGAUAUAAGUGGCUUCGUGGACUUAAGUGGCCAAGCUUCUGGUACUGAUGGAAGUGGCGAGCCUUCAGGGGUUACCUUCAUAGAUGCCAAUUUGUUUGAAGUGACAACUCCUUCAGCUAAAGAAGAAGAAGGCAAAGGAUUUGUAGAAAUGAGUGGGUUGUCUUCAGGAGUUGAAGAUCUAUCAGGCACAGUGUCUGGAAUGUUAGAUGUGAGUGGUCAGCCUUCUGGCCAAAUAGACUUCAGUGGGUGGACUUCAGGAUCUCAUGAAAUUAGUGGACUUCCAAGUGGACUAACAGACAUUAGUGGUGAAAGUUCUGGUGUUGGUCUCACCAGUGGCUUGUCAUCUGGAAUUUAUGAUUACAGCGGGCUCACGUCUGGGUUUCCCACGGUCUCCCUUGUGGAUACAACUUUGGUGGAAGUUGUAACACAGCCAUCAGUUGCCCAGGAAUUUGGAGAAGGGACAUCUGGGGUAUUAGAAAUCAGUGGAUUUCCUUCAGGAGAUAGGGAGGCAUCUGGAGAACCAUACGAUGUGACAACAGUUAGCGGCUAUCCAUCAGGAACAACUGACAUCAGUGGAACAUCAUCGGGUGUUCCUUAUUUUAGUGGAGAAAUUGCUGGUGUCACUGACCUAAGUGGAGAGUCUUCAACCGUAGCUGGUACUAGUGGUGAUGCAUCUGGAAUCCCAGAAAUCACCUUAGUAACUUCUGAUCUUAUAGAAGCUGUGACAAGCCCUGCAGUUUCACAGGAAAUGGCUGGAGGAACAGAGGCAACACAUCCCCAUUUUUCAGAAUCAAGUGGGGAAACCUCCACGACUGGUGGAGAGACUUCUGCAUAUCAUGAAAGUACCAUAAGCCCACCUGAAUAUCAUGAUAUUAGUGGUGAAACAUCCACAUUUCAUGAAGGCGGUCUAGAAACCUCUACUAUUCAUGAAAUCAGUGGUGAGAUAUCCACAUUUCAUGAACCUGGUGUAGAAUCCUCAACUGUUCAUGAAACCAGUGGUGAGAUAUCCAGGUUUCAUGAAGCUGGUGUAGAAACUUCCACCAUUCAUGAAACAAGUGGUGAAGCAUCAGCAUUACCAGACAGCCACCCUGAAAUGCCAACCCUUUAUGAAACGGGUAGUGAAACAUCAGCAUUGCCUGAAAGCCAUACAGAAACAUCUGGAGUACCUUAUUUCAGCGGAUUGCCCUCUGAGGCACUUGAAGAAAGAAGCCAGAUUCAUGGGGAUAGUUCUGGGCCACCCCCUGACCCUGCCUCUGACAUUCCAGAGAAAGCUCUGCUGCCAGAUAGUCUACCAGGAACCAGUGAACCAGAUGCGCACGCCAAGCAUCUAGAAGAAGGCCAGGUUGAAACAGAGGCCUAUACACACAAAAUACCAGGUUCGGAAACAGAAGGUGCAGCUUUUCCAGAGGUUCCACCAACACCUCCGACUGCCACUGAUGUCCUGCCUGAAGUUUCACCAGAGGUUACAGAUGAGACUGAAUCUACUACACAAGUUAUGCCCAAGACAUGUGAAGAGAAACCAUGUGGUGCUGGAACCUGCCAAGAACAAGAUGGAAGCAUCACUUGCGUUUGCCCACCUGGGUAUAUGGGUGAUCGCUGUGACAUAGACAUUGAUGAGUGCCACUCCAGCCCCUGUCUGAAUGGAGCUACCUGCGUCGAUGGCAUCCACACUUUCAAAUGCUUAUGCCUUCCCAGCUACGGAGGGGACCUCUGUGACGUUGAUCUGGCAGAAUGUGAAGCAGGCUGGACCAAAUUCCAAGGCAACUGUUACAAGCACUUUGAAGAAAAGCACACGUGGGUGGAUGCUGAGAACCUCUGCCGAGACCAUCAGUCUCACCUGAGCAGUAUCAUCACUCCCGAAGAGCAGGAGUUUGUGAACAACAACGCUCAAGACUACCAGUGGAUUGGCCUUAGUGACAGAGCAGUUGAGGAUGACUUCCGCUGGUCUGAUGGACACUCCCUUCAAUACGAGAACUGGCGGCCCAACCAACCCGAUAAUUUCUUUGCCAAAGGAGAAGAUUGUGUUGUAAUGAUCUGGCAUGAGAAGGGAGAGUGGAACGACGUCCCCUGCAACUACCAUCUCCCGUUCACGUGCAAGAAAGGAACAGUUUCUUGUGGAGACCCACCCGUGGUUGAGAACGCCAGGCACUUCGGAAAGAAGAAAGACCGCUACGAGAUCAACUCCAUGGUGCGGUACCAGUGCAAUCAGGGCUACAUUCAGCGCCAUCUGCCCACCAUCCGGUGUCAACCCAACGGGCACUGGGAAGAGCCACGGAUAUCCUGUAUUGAUCCCUCCACCUACAAGCACAGACUACAUAAGAGGAGCGCAAGGACUCGAUCAAGGACCAAUGGAGGAAUGGCGCAGAGACCCACCCAUUAAAGAAGAGACAGAGAGAGGAGAUAAGAGAGAGAGAGAGAGAUUUUAUGGAACAGUUAUAUUAACAGAUUCGAUUUCUUCUUGUUGCUUUUUUUGUUGUUGUUAUAUAAGGGAAAAAAUAUAUUAAAGAAAAAUCCACCUUGUGCAUAUGUAAAAAGAGAGAGACAGAGAGAGAAACUUUUGCAAAACAGCAAAGCAAAAGCUUUUUUUUUUUUACUAACCGUCUGGAUCCAAUUAUCUUUGUGCCUUUUCGGGGAAGGGGAUGGAGAGGGUCGCAAGAGGGUGAGGGUUAAGUUAAAUAAUAAAGAAGAUUUGCUAUUUUUUUGUGGGGGAGGUCCUGGUUUUAUUCACAGGCCAUGUAAUUAUUUAAUCUGCAGGGUGGACAAGACUCUCUCUUUUUCUUUUUCUUUUGUAAGCUGUUGUGUUUCUCCUUCCCUGUCCCACUCAGCUUCUUCCCACUGUUGCAGCUUGCCUUGUAGGGUUCAGAGGGAGCCACUGGGAAUGUGUAAAUCGAGAGAGAGACAGAGAGAGAUAUCAAAUGGGCUGAAUCUUUUCAAUGAGAAAGGAAUGAAAAAGAGGAUUUCCGCCUCUCCCAGGGAGGUGGGGGAAACAGCCAUUGCUCGUUUGGAAAUGUCAAUUCUUUUAAAUAAAUGCAAAAUGUAAAAUAAUGUGUGGAGGCUGAAAUUAA